AUGGUUGUGAGUCGUGAUGUGAAGUUCGAUGAAGAUGCUUCUUGGAAUUGGGAAGUUAAUGAAGAUUUUGUCAAUGAAUUCUUCCCUUUCUUCGAUGAGGACAAUGAAGGAGAAGAAACAUGGCAGCCUUCAACAAUUACUUCUUCUCUAUUUGUUCCUCGCUCAAGCCAGGAUGGUACCUAUUACUUCUAUGCAAAUGCGGCUUCUGGAACGGCGGUUGAUGACGAGUGUAAGCUGAAAUUCGGGGAAUUGAAGGCCAAGAGAAUCUACCGAUAUAUUGUUUUCAGGAUCGAUGGACAAAGGGUUGUGGUUGAUAAGAUGGGCAGCCCUGACGAAAACUACGACAACUUCUCUGCCUCGUUGCCUAGCGACGAGUGUCGAUAUGCUGUCUUUGAUUUCGACUUUACCACAGACGAAAAUGUCCAGAAAAGUAAAAUCAUCUUCAUUGCAUGGUCACCGGAAUCAGCCAGGGUCAGGAUGAAAAUGGUGUACGCUAGCUCCAAGGAUAGGUUCAAGAGGGAACUCGACGGAAUUCAAGUAGAGUUACAAGCCACCGACCCGAGUGAAAUGAGCAUGGACAUUAUUAAAUCUCGUGCCGUUUAAAAUUCGUCAUCGAAUCUACUAAUUAACUAUCUAUUCUUAAUUUUAUUCAUUAUGUAUGUUGUGAGGAGGAUUAAAAAAAACACAUUCUU